AUGGCAUCUUUAUUUUUGUCUGUCUAUAUAUUUAUCUAUUACAUUCUGUUCCUUCCUUCCUAUCUAUCUAUCUAUCUAUCUAUCUAUCUAUCUAUCUAUCUAUCUAUCUGGCUUUCCAUGUAUCUAUCUAUGUAUCUACCUAAUGUCAUGACAAAUCAUAUUUAUCUCUCUCCCCAUCUCAUUAAACGAUGUCUUUCAUACUUGACUGCCUCCCUUUUGUCUUAUGAUUUUUUUUUCGAUUAUUUUUUUCGUAUAUUUAUUUUCUUUUAUUUCUUCCUUUCUGGUUUAUUUCUUAUUUACACCUCUGAAUUUUGUGGGGCUCGUUUUCUUUCUUUCUUCUUAUAUUUCAUUGAUUCUUUCUUUCUUUCUUUUAUACAUCUGAUCACUCUGCUUUAUAUUUUCUGUCUUUCGUUCAUUCUUUUUUUCAUUCAUGUAGACUUCUUUCCUUUCUUUCAUUAUUUUUAUUCAUAUUAUUUUUCUUCACAUAUUCAAUUUCUCUUUUCUUUUUCUUUCUUUUUGGUUUAUUUAUUUUGGUUGAUUUUUUUACUCGUUCUUUUUUUCUCUUUAUAUUUUAUUCUUUCUUUAUUCUCUGAUUUGCUUCUUUCUUUUUUUUUCUCUCUUUUUUUUUCUUUUUACUUCAUUUAUCUGUGA